CAUUAAUAGCAGUCUCUUCUUCUUUGCUCUUCGAUGUAGAUGACAGUUUUUUUGUAAUUGACUGUAAUUGAUUUUUCUUUAAAAAAGUGAUUGAUUUCACCAUAUAAAUACCUGGACUUCUACCAUUGACUAGUGAUUAAAAAGUCUUAUUGUGUCUCCUCCUCAGUGACCAAAAAUAGGAUCUUACCUUUUAAUUUUUAAUCAACUAGUUUUAAUUAUAUUUCCAAAAUUCAGUGCAGCAUAAGCCUGAUACUCUCAACUUUUCGGGUCAAAUAGUCAAAUAGAGGUAAAAAGCAAAGGGAAAACUAUGAAGGAUGACUCAAGUGACAAUCAGCCAUUUGAAAAAGAACAGGUGUAUCAAUGGAUAACACAAUUGACAAAUAUGGAUACUCGUGAAAACGCUCUUCUUGAACUUGGUAAAAAACGGGAAAUUGUACCUGAUCUGGCCAAUUUGCUAUGGCAUUCAUUUGGUGCCAUUGCUGCUUUACUUCAAGAGAUUGUUAGUGUUUAUCCAGCUCUCAACCCAGCAACUUUGUCUCCCCACCAAUCAAACCGUGUUUGCAAUGCUCUUGCACUACUCCAGUGUGUCGCUUCCCAUCAAGAAACUCGAAGUGAAUUUCUGGCUGCAAAUAUACCAUUAUUUUUAUAUCCAUUCUUGCAAUCAACGUCAACAUCUAAAACUCGACCGUUUGAAUAUUUACGUUUAACAAGCCUUGGUGUGAUUGGAGCUUUGGUUAAAACAGAUGAACAACAGGUGAUCAGUUUCUUGUUGGCUACAGAGAUAAUUCCACUUUGCUUGAGAAUUAUGGAAAAUGGAAGUGACCUUAGCAAGACUGUGGCCACAUUUAUUUUACAAAAGAUACUCUUGGAUGAAACGGGUCUUAAUUAUAUCUGUCAAACAUAUGAUCGUUUCUCUCAUGUUGCUAUGAUAUUGGGUAAAAUGAUCGCUUCAUUGGUUAAAGAGUCUUCCCCACGGCUUUUGAAACAUGUGCUUCGCUGCUAUUUGCGUUUAAGUGAUAAUCCAAGAGCUCGAGAGGCUUUACGUAAUUGUUUACCAAUACCUUUAAGAGAUGAAACUUUCGCCCCUAUUCUAGAUGCUGAUAAAGCUAGUCGACAAUGGUUGAUUCAAUUGCUCAAAAAUUUAGAGCAAGGAGCUGAGCAAUGAAUGAUAAAUUAAGAAUUUUCCAGAUUCUCAUAGAAACCAGGGUCAAAAUUUGCAUAUCAAAUGCCAAUACCACUUGCUAAUUACAUUUCGUAAUGUUUUCUCAUUCUGUCUGGAUGACAGUUUCCAUUGUUAUCAAUGGUAACUUACCAAACGAACAAACAUAGACGAUAUUUCUCUGUGAUAAUUUGUUAAUUAACUUCUCAAAGGUAGCCCUAUUCAAAUGGAUUUAAGUCAGAGUUAAUUUCAAAUGAGCUAUUUUGUUUAAUCAGUGGUAUUUCUUCACGGUGGUAUCACGUCUUUUUUAUUCAUCAUCAAAUGUGUUUUAUCACCUUUACACUCUUUUUUUAUUAAAUGCCGAACAUAUGAAUAUUAACAGUUUUCCUUUUCUCUUAAACGAUUAACUAAAUUUAUUUAUAACUUGUACUUCUAUUUAACCUGCUGUGUGAAACUAUUCAUGAAAGAUUCAUUCAAAAUUUUCACAAAUUUCGAUGAGAUAAACUUCAGCUAAUUGUACCUUUAAAUUGUUUGAAUCCUAUUCGGAAAGAAAAGAUUGAAUAAAUUUCCGACAGAAUCAGUUUCUCACAAUCAUUAAA